UAGUCGCAGUCGCUACAGUGCCGCCGCCGCCUCCGCCGCCUCCAACACAUCUUCACACUAUGAUGGCAAACUGUCUCCUCACCUACCUGGUGGCUCUCGUCUCCUGCGUACUUUCUGCCGACCAUUUGCCCCUUAACGAGACGAAGAGGGCCCUGGAAUGGCUUCUGACUCAGAGACAGAAGGACUGGGGUUGGGGAAUAUAUGACACGCCUCAGGCACUGUUGACUGUGCAACUCACGCAAACCGGGAGUCCUAUAGAAAGACAGCUCUCUGCCAAACAGAUGGAGAUAGACCUAGUUCUGCAACUGUGGCGACACCAUGAUACCCCAGCCAUGACCCCUGCCACUAUGGCCUUGUACUCAAUGGCGCUGUCUUCCAUCUGCCAAGAUCCUCGCCAGUUUCAUGGCCAUGAUCUUAUAGGUUCAUUACUUCACCCAGCUCACGAGCCAGAGUCAGACAGCGAGUUCACACUUUGUGCGCUAGCUGUAUGUAACUCAGGAGCACACAUCCGCAAGAAACCACUCAGGCGGCUACUUAAUAUUGCCAACUCUAAGCAUACUGUAGACUCCUUGGCGGGGGUUGUCCUGGCAGUCCAGUGUAUCAUGAAGGUCCACAGGAACCGUAACAUGCAGCACUACUUGGAGAAGCCGACCCUGGCCCUUGCACGCCUACAGCAAGCUGAUGGUGGCUUUGGCAGUCUACAUGGCACGGCAUAUGCUCUUCAGGCUCUUUCCGAAGAAAAUGACUCGUGGAACCGUAGUGCCGCAGUUUCCUGGCUGCUCAAUCACCAGGGACCUGAUGGGGCAUUUUUUGAUGUGCCUACGACUUCAGAAGUCAUACUUGCACUGGCCCAAAAGAGUCUAAUGUCAGUGCGAGAACUAGACUGUGAUGCUGCUCCUUUAGAUGUAGAACCACCGGCUGCCGCUAUAAUACCGAAUCUUAAAGUAAUUCCCACACCAAAGCCAAACAAUACCAAAACCAAUACGACAUUAAACAAGACUAAAAAAGUAAAAACAGUGGUGGUGAGUACAAAUACAGUGGUGCCAGUGACAGCAGCUGAGGAAGAUGUAACUGUCACGUACACUUUGUGGGUUGGCAGCAAUGUCACAGAGAACCACACCAUUAGCAUUGUUGUGCAAUACAACUCCACGUUCUACAAUGUCAUGCAACUUGCUGCACAGAAAGACUCACAUUACGUAUUUUCUGCUAAUGAGUGGCCCAAUGGACAUUACGUACACACCCUGGCAGGUUUCAAGGAGCAGCCCAUGAGCUACCACUACUGGCUACUUUAUCGACUUCCGAGUCUACCAGACCUCAACAACCCACCUGGCAACCAACUUGUGGCUCCAACAGGAGUAGAUGACCUGAUAGUGCAGGACAAUGAACACUACCUGUUCUGGUACAAGAAGCUGUAAUGACCUCAAGCACAAGAACUCCUCACUACAAGCACAUCAAACAUUGGUCAGAGUUAGGUUAAAGUGAAACCAACUGACCUCGUCUAUUGUAAAUCAUUACAAGCACAGAGUAAAAUUAAAUAUUUGUAACUUUAAUUUUCAGUUGAGCAAAGUUAUUUCUAUAUUGUGUACUUAGUAUUAAAUGUUUAGAAAAUAAUCAUGAUUAUUUUAAUGUCAUCAGUGCAAUAGUUCUUGACAGCAUAUUUUUAGUAAUGAUUUUAUGUUAGGUAAUAGAAAGACACUUCAUUUCCAAACUUCCUAAAUCUCUUUGGUUAAGAUAUAUCUUGAUUCACAAUUCGAUCAACUGUAAUAUAUAUUAAUAAUCAUGUUUAAAAUUGCUCUCUGAAUCAGAUAUAAACUCAUUAAUAUAUGAAAACAUGAAUUCCUUCACUUAAUUAACUGUUUGUUUUUCUUAACACAGUUAUUGCAUGGUUUGAAAAUUAUCCUAUACUGAAAUAAAUAAAUGUGAUGACAUUUAUUAUAUGAAAAUAUUUUAUUGUACUCAUAUUGAUGUCACCUCAUUGUUCUUAAUCUUUCCAAAUAUACAAAGAAGGCUACACUAUUGUGUUAGAUAUGUAUUUUUUUUAAUGCAACUAAAUUGAAUACAUAGAUAGACAUGUUAGUUUUUAUGAAUCUAACAAGUAUGAAUUAUAUUUACGUUUGCAAAUUAUUUUGGGUAUGAAUUUAGCUAAUGCUGUGAUACAAAAUCUGGAACAGUUUCUAAUUUGUGAUGAAGAUUUUGUAGUGUGUAUUUAUAUGAGAUUAUACCUAAGUUUUUUGCAGUUGAAUGGUUUUAUAAUGUUUAGCCAUCAUGGGAGAUCCUCACGAGAAUGGAGAUACCAAGUCCGUACUCGCACACUGAGCUCUGUGCGAUGUUAAUCAAUAACUCUAUUAGAGUAAGUAUGUAUCUCUGAGAAUAGUGGCAAUUAUUGUUUUACUCACAACACACCCUAAGUUUAAAAAGUCAUAUUUUUGAAUAUGACACUGGAAAGUUGAGCAUAAUUUUUAAAAUGAGGAUUUAUUUAAUAUUUUAAAUCAUAUUCGCUACACCACGCCCCUAAAUGAUCCAAACCAUUUUCAAUGGAUAGACAGAAGUCUUAAAUCUGCUUAGAUGUUUUAGCUUUUAACUCAUUGGCCUAGUUGAUCUUUCAGCGGUGUGUGGACCAAAACUAGAAAUUAAUUUGGCUGAAAAUGUAAAAUUUUCCUAUUAAUGUUAUUAUAGUUGAAUGGUGUUAUUUCAACUGUUGUUUUAGGGAAACCACGUUACAGUUACCUUUUAAAUUCAAUUUAUUUCUGUGGAUAUACUAAAUAUAUAUACUAAGUAUGAAACAUUUUAGUUUAUUAAACACGUACUGGCUGACCACCUGUUGGAUGUGCGGGGUAGAGGGGCAUCUUUUCCGAGAACAUUGGACUUUUCCUUAGAGUCCAUCCAAUAUUUCUCGUGAGCCAAGAGGCAAGAACUGGAAUAUUUACUGAUUUAUUCAGUUAUCUUGUAGUUGUAUUCAAAUAAGAAAUGUUCCGAUAUUUCAGUUCUUUUGAAUCAAUCACAGAAUGAUAUCGCUUAGGUGAGCACAUUGUUUCGUGGAUGGCUAGUACAGCCUCGGCAGUGCGCACAGAUCCCUUGGCCCAUCUGUAAGCAGAGCAGGCUGUUGUAUUAGCCAUGUCACAGUGCUAGUAGCAACAGGAAAACACUGGCAUUCAUAACAACUAUAAUUCUAUGUUUAAAGUUUGUUUUCAACGAGAGAAGGAUUGGGAAAGAAACACAAUAUUUUCCAGACAUUUGCCAUUGUUCAGUCAGUACGAUGGCGAAUAGCCGGAAAAAUCCUGUUUCCUUAACAAUCACAAAUACUUCAAAAUACAGUAUAUAAUCUGCUGGGAUAAUUUGGAACUAUUGAGGUCAAAUUGAGUUAAUGAGUCCAGGCUGGUCCACGCACCAUCACUGCAUGAGUAACUACGCCAAUGAGUUCAUAAAGAAUAUUGGGACAAAACUUUAAACGAAUUACUAUUAGUAAGGCAAUGAAAAAGAAAUACAAUUAAUAGACACACAACUGAUUCAUAAAAAGCAAACAACUCCUAAUGAAUUAAAAUUAUAAAACUGAUUAUAAACAAUGAUUAUAGGACUAUAAAACUCUUCAACACUGAAACAUAAAAGGUGCCAGUUAAAUCUUUGUGAUCAACCACAUAUGUUUGAGUUGUAAACAACUAAUGGAUCUGAUUUUUUGGAUUCAUGAUCAAGUGAGUAUUAGGGUCAUACUUAAAUAACAUUACACACUAUGAGAGACUGCUGACAUGUCAAAUACAGAAAGAGGUAGUAGUGCAUGCUCUUUACUUUAGUAAUUUAUUUUUAUUCUUCCUCAAAAACUGAAACAGAAAUAUAACCAAAUUUAAUGUUUUAAAUGCAACCAUUGUUAUAGGUAAUAAUAAAAAAUCUCAGAAUUAGUACAAUGUUGUAUGCUGAAUUUCAUUUAGUUUUACUGACUUGAUGGUAAUAUUUUGUAUGCGGGAGGAGACCAGCCUGUUGAGAAAUAGACUUACAAGAAGUAGAAUGUACAAAAAAAGUAUUCUACAAUAAUAUAAAACGUGAAUUACAUACAAAAUUUAUGGCUCCAAGAGUUGACAUUUUUAACUCGUAAUUUUUUGUAGAGCUCUGCAAUAAUCCUCUGUUUUAGUUCACUUCCCACUUUGAGAAGUUACUGUGUUAAGCAAUAAUCAGUACAUGGUAAUCUAGAUAAACACUUCCAGAUGGUCAAGUGCUGAAAUGUACAUUCUACAGUAUACUAAGUUGAUUGCUUUGGAAAAGUCACACAGUUGUGAAACAUACACCAAGUGAGGAUCUAGGUAAACACUCAUAUGUAAUUGAGUGCGCUAAAGUAGGCUUCACAAUGUGGUAUAUGCACUGCCAUUCAUGCUCUAGAAGAAAUCACAUUGUUGUGCAUCACGUGGCGUACUAGAGAUAAUACUUCCAAAAGAUUGAGCAUUGUAAUACAGGCUCCGUAAUGUAGUUUGUGCUCUUGACUGUUCUUGAAAAAAAUCACAUUGUUGUGCUAUGUGCACCAGAUGAAGACCUUUGUAAACGCUUACAUAGGAUGGAUCACUGAAAAGUAGGCUCCACAAUGUAGUCUGUGCUCUGGAAUUGAUUGCUGUUGGAGAAAUCGCAUGCAUUACAGCAAGAGAUCUCCAUUGCUGUAGGUAGAUACUCAAAUAUGAAUAAUUACUCUAAAAAAGGCUCUAUAAAAUGCAGUCUGUGCUUCACAAUUGAUUGCAGUUGCGAAUCCACUUUGAUGUGCAACAAGCAUCACAUGGGGUUCUAGUCACAGGUUUAUAUUAUUAAGUGCUGUAAAGUAGGCUUUAUAGUCUAUGCUCCACAACUGAUUGCUCUUGGGAAGUCUCAUUGUUGAGCAUCAUAUGGGGUUCUAGUUACACAAAGACAUAUGAUUGAGAGCUGAAAAGUAGGCUUCAUAAUGUUUUUUGUUCUUUGCAACUGUUCUGCACAACCUUUUUAUCCAAGUUUUCAUUUCAUUAAUAUUAUUCUUACAAUAGUUUUUUCUGCAAAGAUGCUGACAUUUUGCUUUACUUUGUUUCAAGUUUAUUAUUGAUGAUGGGAUGUGUGAUAGGAUAAUAGGAUUUGGACAUUUGCAUCGUCAUUUGUUACAAAAUGUAUAAUUUUACGUUUGAAGUUUUGAGAUCUACCCUCUUUGUCAGGCUUGAAGACAAUUAAUGUAUAACACCUACAACAUGCAGUAGUGAACUGCCAGUUAAGAAAGAAAAUAUGGAAAUCAUAAUCGGAAACUGCUUGAAGACCAGACAGGAGAAAAUGAACCUAGGCGUUGUCACUGCACAGAAGUCAAUAGCACAAACACACGUCACACCAGCACAGGUGAAAGUGGAACGCUAACAAUGAAAUAAUUGUUGGCAUUUCAAUGUUGACAGGAAGGUGAUGCCAUAAAAUGUGAAAACUGUUUAUUUUCAAAAAUAUAAACAAAGAUUGUUGUGAGGGGGAAGGUUAAAGGCAGCCGCCUUAGGCCUUAUGUUUUGGUCCUAGCUCUUAAUGUCAUGAUGUGUGUAAGAAUUUUGUUGGUUGAGGUUUUUUGAUUGCUAAUCUUUUUAGGUUUCCUUUGUAGUUCUUUUUUUCAUAUUAGUACUCAGUGACCUAACUUCAACCGAAGGUUGACUUUGCGAUUGGUCUGCUAAUUUGAUGUAUGCAGUCUUAAUAAGUUUGUAUUUUAAGAAAUUCUCCUCAUGGUGUACUAUAUUGGGUUCAUCCCAUUUCAUGUGAUGAUAUUCAGACCAGCAAUGUAUGACAUUUCCACUACCCAAUUUUUCAUAAGUUCCUUAAUUCUCACAUUUAGUGAUUUUUUUGUCUCUUUUUACUAAUAUUUUCAUUCCCUAUAACGAGAAUAUGUUAUACUAUAAAUACAGUUUUGUGUGCCAUUUUAUGAUUUGGUUUUUACAAGGCUUUGCAAUCACAUCAACAAUACUUGAUGUGAUUGCAUUGACUGAUUUGUGCGUGUGUGUGCUUCAUGCAUUGCUUUUUAACAAUGAUUUUUGUUCUAAAAGAGCUUCUAAUAUUGUAUUUUCUGUCUACUCGUCAAAUUUUCUCCAAUAAUCCCAGUAAAUAAAGGAUUGAUAUGUAUGUAGAUUUUUCUUUAUUUUCAUUUUUUGCCUCAAGGUUUUUUUCUAUUGUUUCUUUUGUACAUAUUUAUGGCAGAUUGAGGAUAUCCAUUUUUUAAAAGAUCUAAUUCAACGUAUUUUAUUUCUUCUUUUAACCCAUCUUUGUCUGAGCACUAACUCUUUACUCCAUCAAAUAAAGAAUAUGUGACUCCUUCUUUGACAUAUUUUUAUGGUUUGAUUGAAAGUAAAGUUUAGAUAUUGGCCUGUAUGUGUGUUUUCUUACAAUAAACUGUUGUCUUAGGAAUAUAUCUCUUAUUAAGCACACAUCCAGAAAGGGGAGUUUGUUUUGGACUUCUACCUCCAUGGUUAGGUUAAUGGAGGGAGAAAUCCUGUUUAUGCGGGACAAAAAUUCAUUAAAGUCAUUGUCUCCAUGAGGGAGAUGACAAAGGUGUCAUCCACGUAUUUCCACCAGAUCCUAGUUUUGGACUGAGUUAAAGACAGGGCGUUUUGCUCAAAUUCUUUCAUAAAAAUAUUGGAGAAAAUUGGCGAUGGAGGAGAUUUUUUAGUCUUUAGAAAUUUUAAUAGAGUCAGUUUUUCUUCAAGUGAUGUCAGGAUACCCAAGAGGAUUUUAGAUAUUUCCUUACGUGGUGAAUUUCAGGAACUAAUUAUUGGUCAGAGAGGAAUGCCAGGUGUGUGGAUUUAAGAAGGCCAUACAUGUUUUGCUUCUGCUGUAGUUAAACACUUAUUAUAAGAUAACCCAACAAGUUUAUUGUGACGUCUCAAAAAGUACUUGAGCCUUCUCUUAAACCCUUGGAUAUAGUUAAUUUAUUGUUUGUUGAAUGCACCAUGCAUCUCAUGGCAUGUGUUCCACCUUUACUAGUUUACAGUUAGUUUUGCAAACAUACGUAGAUAUUGUUGUGUUUUUGAGGUACUUGUAAAAGUGUGGCUUAUAAUAAAGCCUUGAUAUUUCAUACAUACUGCUGAUAACAAUAUGAAUCAGUGAUACAUUUCAAACAAUUUGACACAAUUUAAUAAUUGUUAAAUUAUUAUGGUAGCAUAUAGAAGUGUACCGUAUGAAUAAGUUAUCAUUUUAUUUCAUAAAUACAAUAAUUUCUUAGGACCAAUGAAAGUACCUCCGCACUCUUCAUGUUUUGUUCUUUGUCUAAUGAUAACAUGUUGUUAUGAGCAAUAUUUCUCCCAUAAAUACCAUGUAUAGAUUAGAUUCUAAUUGGUUUACAUGGACCUGCUGUAAAAGCUAAAGAAAAACACAGUGAGCUUGAUAUUUUCUAUUGUAAAGAAAAAUUAGUCAUUGUUUUUACAUCGCUUUUUACAUGCUUCAUACACCGCUGAACAUGGUAUCUAGCCCAUCUACUGCAUCUUUUAAAGCAUACAACAUUACUCAUAAAAAUGUGCAUUUUAAUAUUGAGUAACUUACAUAACAAAAUAAGAAUCAUCACGAUCAGUUUAGCAAUUGCUUAGCUUUAAAGCUAUUUGUGAUUUUAUAGUGUUUAAAUUUAGGACACCAGUCAAAACUUAGAUAUCCAAAAUCAUAAAUCACGUUUCCUUAAAACAAUUGUUUUUUCUUGUGGAAACCAAAUUCUUAUAAAAAUAUUUUAGAACUAUACAUUUUUGCAAUCCCUACAUAGGUAAUAUUUUCAAUAUAAUGUUUAAUGUAGUAUGAAAAAAAUGUAUGGUUCAGGCUUUAUUAAGAAUCUUUUUGGCGUGUAAAAUAUACAACAGAAAUUUAUUUGAUUGGCGUAUCACUAAAUAGGAAAAAUUUUCAUCCAAAAAUAGAAAUGAUAAAAGUGUUGUGUAAGUAUUUAAUUGCUUGGAAAUUGGUAAAUUAAUUAUAUGCUUUAAAAAUUCUAUGUAGGUAACAAAUCGUAGAAUAUUGAUAAACUCUAUGUUUAUGCACAAUCACUGAAUGACAUUAAAUUAAAAUUACUGUUUUGCCAUACACUACUUGUUACUUUUCACUGGAAUUGUUGUAAUUAAUGCGUCUUUCAUUGAUUUUAGAACAACUAAUAAAGUAACAGACAUUAUUGUAACUUUUGAUUUGGUGUUGAAAGUGCAUUAUAGUUACGGUACCUGUAAUUCAGCAUUGUAUAAAAAAAGAGGUAAUUAAUAUACUCAAUCAAACAUUUACUCUGUUAUAAACUUCCACUACAUCUAUUACAUAAUGGAAACAGUGCCCUUCUCAUGUGAUGUUAGUUCACAAUUUAAAUAAAUUAAAUUCCGACACUAAAGUAAUAAAAAAAUAUGAUUUACAAAGUUUAUAUUGGUCUUCUGUUUUCAUUCCAUCAUACGUCUCUUCCAAGAUGCUGUUCAGUAGUGCGAAGUAGUACAUUAUGACAUAUUCCCAUGUAUGAGGGUCUCUCCUUGAACAGAGCCAGUCAGUGCACAGGAAGUUGGAAGUUUGCUGCACCUUGAGUGUUGUAGUUGUGGAUACUGGAACUUCUAGGCAGUUCGCUCUCAUGAACAAAUGUUAGCGCCUCCAGAAUAUACAUAGUAUGACAGUGCAUGGUAUGCUGUUUUAGCAGUGGCUGUGUCACUUAUUUUUCUUUUUUUGUUAUGACGUAGAUCCCACUAUUCAGUUUUCUACAUGGAUUGUUAAUUUUGUUUUGUCCAGCUGAGGUCUUUAUCUAUUAUCACUACCAAGUACUUUGCCUCUUUUGCCACCUUAACACUAAGUAAGUGAGCUUUUUGUUUCUUUUUGCUGCCCAUUAUGAUUUGCUGGGUCUUAGCUUCAUCGAAUACCAAGUUGUUAUAUUAGUAAUACUGAAAAUUAUGACUGGUUCUCUAGUCGUUAUGCAGAUUUUUCAGUCAGAAGUGAAUCUUUAUCAUCGGCUUACAUUCAGAUUGGAGCAAACUCUUCCAGAUACUUAGGGAGGUUGUUGGUAAAAAGUGUGAAGAAAACAGACGCCAGGACAGAUUCCAGUGGCACACCCCAACUGGCAAAAGGGAGGAUCUACUUUGCUUGACUUCAUUAUGUUGGAUAUAUUUAAUUUAAACUACUAGCUCUAUAUUGGUCAAGUAGCUCCUAAAUCAUUCUCCUGUGGUGUCUUUGACACCCAAGGAGGAUAAUUUUCUCAUGAGUUGUUCAUUACCAAGAGUUUCAAAGGAUUUGCUCAAGUCUGCAGUAGUUGUGUUUUUCCUUCUAAUUGGUCAAUGAUGCAUUCAAUAAAGCUAGCCAGAGAUAUUGAUUUAUUCUUACUGAAUCCAUGUUGUUGGCCAAAUAAGAUUAUUAUAUCAAAGGAAUUAAGAAGAAGAAAAAGCACAAUUUGACAAAUAUUUUGGAAAAAUUUGAAAUCAGAGAGAUUGGCCAGUAGAAAAUGUACAGGAGGAAACGGAUUGUUGCUUUUAAUACCAGUAUCAACCAUUGUUGUGAAUAGUGUUUAAGUGCUCUGCAAUCUUGUAAGGAUUCCUUAUAGUCCUAUAACUGUCAAUUACAUGAACACAUGUGCCGCAGGCACUUGUGGAAUUUGGACAAACAAUUAUUUUUAAUACAAUUUUAUAAAAUGUUUGUAUGGCAGCUAAAAAGUUCCUUAUACUCACACCCACAUUUUAAAAUUUACACUAUGUGUUAAUUAAAUUUGAAUACUAAUAAUUGUAAUAAUAUCACAUGAAAAAAACAACACUCAGUAACAAAUUAUUUUUAUCAAAACAGAAUUCAAAAAAGUUUAGAACAAAACACAAUUAGUAGGCCUACUCUAAGUGAUUCCCAGUGCAUGCUGGUUAUCUUGUAAGGGAACAAUUAGAUGUAUAAAUAAUUGAAUAAUAAAAAAAUGACAAUCAAAAAAGAUCACAUAUUUUGAAACAUUUGCCAUUUUUAAUGUUAAACAAAAAGAACACAUUUUGAGUAUUAAAAUAUACCCUCUUUUCAGAUGUCAAAAAACCUUAAGGAAUAAGGUUUAGGAUACACAAAAAUCAAAUUC